AUGACGGAUGAAGUCGAAGAAGACAACCAGGAGAGCAUACAACAACAACAACAACAACAGCCGACUGACGAAGCAGGCGAAGGUGAAGGCGAUGAUGAAGCGGAGGCCGAGCACUUGGACGAAGCGGCGCAGCAGUCGAGCAUGGUGAGCGCAGCAGCGCCGCCCCCGCCGCCUCCAGGCGGUCCGCCGCCGUUGCCCGAUUGGCUGCAGCGGUCCAUCGCCGGACUGCCGCCUUCAGCUUCAGCCGACCGCUCGGACGAGGCGGCGCCAUCGUCAGCGGCGCCUGGACCCGCAGGUCCCGCCGACCUGGCGGCGAUGCUCUCCCAGCGGCAGCUGCGGGCGACGGUGGUGGUCGAGAAGCAGGUCGUCGAGACACCGCAGGACGAACUCCGCCGCGCUCUCACCCGGCGCAUGUCGUCCAAGGCCAUGGCCAAGAAGGACGAGAUCGCCGACCUCGUCGCCAAGCUCAACGAGGGGCGGUUCCGCACCUUCGACGACCUGGCGCGUCUGGUCCAACACGCCGUGCGAGUGCAGAACGAGGUGGGCAACAUCGAGCUGAUCAAGGUGGCUCGCUGGCCGCUCGAUCUCCUCAACGCGCUCAAGGAGGUGGUCGGCAUCAUCCACACCAUCAGGCGAAACAUAAAGCGAACCGAGGACGCGCUGCGGGAGCAGGCCAACAAGGGGCUCGUGGCGAACGAGCAGGCGGUGAGCAACAUCCGCGACUGCGUUCGGUUGCUGCGCGAAACCGGACCCAGCCUCAAGCGGGCCACGGACCUCGUGGUCAUGCGUGAGGUCAGCGUGCCCCUCCACCAGGAGGCCGCGUUGGCCAAAACCAACGCUCUGACCGAGUCGUGCGUCAAUGUGGUGUUUGAACUGGCGCUGAGCAAGUACAAGCAGCCGAUCCCGCGCAACUCGUUCAACCUGCGCUACCGCCUCAACCACACGAUCACGCUUCUCCAGACCGCGAUCACACUGUGCCACGAGGCCGGCGUUGAGGCCAAGGACAAGCGACAGAUGGCGAACCAAGCCAUCCUGGACAUGCAACACAAGUACGCAGAUGUGCUCCAGAUCAACGCCAUCUCGUCGGGUGAAGCAUUCGAGCAGGCCCCUCCUGAUGAGUCCUCUGACGUGGACACCCUCGGCACACCGGGCUCGACGGCCUCCUCCGCCGACUCACCCAAACCUGCGCCGGCCGCCGGCGCUUCAUCGCGUUCGACCGGCCUGCUGCACUCCAGCAGCGGGGCCUCAUCCCGCUUCCCUCUCCACAGCUAUAUUUCCGAGGGCCUGACGCAAAAGGUGGCGGCGUACGUGAGCGGCCUCAAGGAGUCCGAGGGCGCAGAGAAAGUGGUGGCCGAGCUGGCCAGGGAAGACAACCGAGCCCGCACGCCCAUGGAAGUUGCCAUUCUCCAGGCUGACGUGCGCGCUGUGCGAGAGCUGUUGUCGCUGUGUCCGCUGUCUGCAUCGGUGGCGUCUUUCUUCGCCUCGUAUCGCAAUGGCGAGGGCAACUCCUACGCCCACCUGGCGGCCUCCCUGCCUCCCAUGGCCUCUGCCACCGCCGCAUCGGCCCAGCCCAGCUUGUCCACUUCCUCCUCCUCUUCUUCAUCUUCCGCCGCGGCCAGCAUUCUCUCGGCCCUGGUAGACGCUCUCUCCGCCGAGACCGGCUUCCUGUCGGCGAAUCUCAACGACCGCGGCGAGACGCCGCUCCACUGCGCUGCCAAGAUCGGCAACGCCGAUGCCGUGCGAUUCCUGGUCCACCAAGGCGUACCGCUCUUGGACAAAGACAAGUUCGGUCGCGGCGCGCUCUCCCUACUGGCCUUGAAGUGCAUCGAGCGGGUGACGGUAGCCCCUCCACGUCCUGCAAACGAUCGCGCCUGCGGGCUGCCGGGUCUCAGCCAAUACUUGCUGAACGCCUCGCUCGCCGAUGUGGUCUUCAACGUGCGGGGCACACUAUACCCGGCGCACCGCAUCAUCCUCUGCGCCCAAAGCCCCAACUUCAAGAGUAUGCUCGAGAACAAAGAGUGGAAGGAGGCCCAAAAUGUCGAGGUGCGACUGGAGGACAUGAGUCCGGUGGCCUUCAAGCAUCUGCUCGAGCACCUGUACUGCGGCGACAGUGCUUUCGUCACGACCAACCUCGACCUCGCACUGGACAUCCUCCACGCCGCCGAUCGCUUCCUCGUUGACGGGAUGAAGGACAAGUGCCAAUACGUCCUGUUCAAGAUGCUGACGCUCGAGAAUGCGUUCCUGCUCUACACACGCGCGAGCCUGCACUCGGCACGGAUGCUGCGCGAGGCCACGGCCCACUUCAUCCUCACCCACUACGACGACAUCGCCUUUGGCGACGAGGACCGUUCCGUCCUGUUCGACAUUCUCAACAUGUGCUCCUCCUCCUUGUAA